UGCUGAUGUGAGGUGAAGGCACGCGCCGCGAAAUCGUGCGAGCGCGCGCCCCGAUCACCGGUAAAGGACGAUGCGGCUGUGUGCGCGCACACCCUCCCCGGACUCGGUGUCUCUGCAGAGCGGACAGCUCCCCGCUCAGUCGUCCUCCGCCGUUGACAACCUAGUAAAAACGCCACGUUUCCGCGCGGCUGUCGAUGCCACAGCCGCGGGACGAGGAGGCCUGUAAGCUCCACCGCAGUCCGAGCUCCAAUCCGAGACGCAGCACUGCGGUUUGUCCGCUUUGGCCAUGGCGCAGCGGAGGAGGCUCAGAUGAAGGACGCCCUGCGCAUCGGCUAAAAAGCUGGAGGAACUUUCCUACUGCUGAAUUCCUCUGAACACAGAUGUGACACUCCUUCUUUAGAACAGGAAAAUUCUCGACUAGCUACAGAGGGAAGCAGACUAAACCGACCAGGCCCCACUGGAGGUCCCUAAACCUCCCUUUGGGCACCACCGGACAGAGGGGGCGGUGUAAACAUUGGUAGGAGCAGCAGAAGCCAUGGCAGACGCGGCGGAGUGCGGGGUGAGAGUGAUGUGCCGCUUCAGGCCCCUGAACGAGGCCGAAAUUACCCGAGGAGACAAAUACAUCCCCAAGUUCAAAGAGGACGACACCGUGGUCAUAACGGGCAAACCGUACGUGUUCGACCGCGUGCUGCCUCCCAACACGACGCAGGAGCAAGUGUACGACCAGUGUGCCAAGCAGAUAGUGAAAGAUGUGCUGGGCGGCUACAAUGGGACCAUCUUCGCCUACGGGCAGACGUCCUCCGGGAAGACCCACACCAUGGAGGGCAAACUGCAUGACCCGCAGCUGAUGGGCAUCAUCCCUCGCAUCGCCCGCGACAUCUUCGACCACAUCUACUCGAUGGACGAGAACCUCGAGUUCCACAUCAAGGUCUCUUAUUUUGAAAUCUACUUGGACAAGAUCCGAGACCUGCUGGACGUGUCAAAGACGAACCUCUCCGUCCACGAAGACAAGAACAGAGUGCCUUAUGUGAAGGGCUGCACUGAGCGUUUUGUGUCCAGUCCAGAGGAGGUGAUGGACGUCAUCGAUGAGGGCAAAUCCAAUCGGCAUGUAGCAGUGACCAACAUGAACGAGCACAGCUCUCGCAGCCACAGCAUCUUCCUCAUCAACAUAAAGCAGGAAAACGUAGAGACGGAGAAGAAGCUGUCUGGGAAGCUCUACCUGGUCGACCUGGCUGGCAGCGAGAAGGUGAGCAAGACGGGAGCUGAGGGGGCGGUGCUGGACGAGGCAAAGAACAUCAACAAAUCUCUCUCAGCGCUGGGAAACGUCAUCUCAGCUCUGGCUGAGGGCACCAAAACCCACGUGCCGUACAGAGACAGUAAGAUGACUCGGAUCCUGCAGGACUCUUUGGGAGGGAACUGUCGCACCACCAUCAUCAUCUGCUGCUCACCGUCCAUCUACAACGAGGCCGAGACCAAGUCCACGCUCAUGUUUGGACAGAGAGCGAAGACCAUCAAGAACACAGUGUCUGUGAACCUGGAGCUGACGGCCGAGGAGUGGAAGAAGAAAUACGAGAAGGAGAAGGAGAAGAACAAGAACCUGAAGAGCAUCAUCCAGAGGCUGGAGGCUGAACUCAACCGCUGGAGAAACGGGGAGAACGUUCCUGAGGAGGAGCAGCAGAGCUCUAAAGAUCAGAGGAGUGGCGAGCCGUACGACAACACUCCCAUCAUCGACAACCUGCUGCCAGCCGGAGGAGGUGUCUCCGUCUCCGGUGACGAGAGGAGGAAGUACGAGGAGGACGUAAGGAACCUGUACAAACAGCUGGAUGACAAGGAUGACGAAAUUAACCAACACAGUCAGCUGGCGGAGAAACUCAAGGAGCAGAUGAUGGAUCAAGAAGAGCUGCUGGCGUCAACACGACGCGACUAUGACAAGAUCCAGGAGGAGCUGUGCCGGCUGCAGACGGAGAACGAGCUAGCCAAGGAGGAGGUGAAGGAGGUGCUUCAGGCCCUGGAGGAGCUGGCAGUUAACUACGACCAGAAGAGCCAAGAGGUGGAGGAGCGAAACCAAGCCAACGCGCAGCUGACCGAGAAGCUGCAGCACAAGACGGCGCUGCUGUCGGUGCUUGAGAGGGAGGUGAGUCAGCUGCAGGAGCUAAACGGCCUGCAGAGAAAGCGUGCUGCCGAGGUCCUCAACCUUCUGCUGAGAGACCUCAGUGACAUCGGCGCCAUCAUUGGCACCAGCGAUGUCAAGACGGCUGCGUGCUCAGAGAUGAAGGGGAACGGCUCGGCGCUGGAGGAGGACUUUACCGUUGCUCGCCUCUACAUCAGCAAGAUGAAGUCCGAGGUCAAGUCUUUGGUCAACCGCAGCAAGCAGCUGGAGAGCGCCCAGGCCGACGCCCACCGCAAGAUUCAGGCGAACGAGAAGGAGCUGGCGUCCUGUCAGCUGCUCAUCUCCCAGCAUCAGGCCAAGAUAAAGUCUCUGACCGACUACAUGCAGAACAUGGAGCAGAAGAAAAGGCAGCUGGAGGAGAGUCAGGACGCUCUCACCGAAGAGCUCGCCAAACUGCACGCUCAAGAGAAAAUGCACGAGGAAAAGGAGAAGGAGGACAUCGGCAGAGCGGGCGGAGACGAUGACAUCAAGAAAACGCUGGAGGAGCAGCUGGAGAACCACAGGGAGGCUCAUCAGAAGCAGCUCAGCCGCCUGCGGGAUGAGAUCGAAGACAAACAGAGGAUGCUGGACGAGCUCAGAGAUCUAAAUCAGGGGCUGUUACUGGAGCAGGAGCGACUCAUGUCGGAUUACUACAAACUGCAGGCGGAGGAGCAGGAGAAGAAUGCAAAGCUGGAGAGGCUCGUGCUGCUGAAUGAACAAAGGGAGCAGGCCCGAGAGGACCUGAAGGGCCUGGAGGAGACUGUGGCCAAAGAGCUGCAAACUCUGCACAACCUGCGCAAACUCUUCGUCCAGGACCUCACUGCACGGGUUAAGAAGAGUGCAGAGCUUGACUGUGAGGAGGGACUCAGCAACAUUGCACAGAAACAGAAAAUCUCCUUCUUGGAGAACAAUUUGGAGCAGCUGACUAAGGUCCACAAACAGCUGGUCCGGGACAAUGCAGACCUUCGCUGCGAACUGCCCAAGCUGGAGAAGCGUCUGCGAGCCACGGCCGAGCGAGUCAAAGCGCUGGAGAACGCCUUGAAGGAGGCCAAGGAGAACGCCAUGAGGGACCGCAAGCGCUACCAGCAGGAGGUGGACCGGAUCAAAGAGGCUGUGCGGGCCAAGAACAUGGCCAGGAGGGGAUACUCUGCACAGAUCGCAAAGCCUAUCCGGCCCGGACAUCAUCCACUGUCCUCCCCGAUCUGCAGCUCCAUCAGAGCCGGAGGUGUUGAUAUUCAUAACAACUGAACCCACAACAGCAACAUAAUCCUACGACCAUAAACAACUCAGUGCAUGCUCACCACCCCACCUGGAUCCACAAGCAACGCCCCUCCUCUUGGAGCACCAAUGGGAGGCCUUCACGACAGACUGUCAUCGCUCGGAGAAGCACCAUCCAAACAUUGUGUAAAUACUGAUGAGACAUAUUUAAUUUGCUGAAUGUAGAUCUCAGAGGCCUCGUUUAUAACACAUUCGCUGUUAUAAGUUUAGUUUUCUGGAUCUUCUGAUGGUAGAUUGUCGUUAUUAUGCAACAGAUUAAAAGCUCGAAGUUUAUAAGUGAGGCCCUGAAUCCGCUUCUGUAUUAGAAAUGAAAAUGAAGCUUAAGUUUUAGGUUUGCGCAGCUUUACAGGAGAAGGCAAACGUGUCCGUUUUUAGAUAAGUAUUGUUUAACGUUUUAGGAAACAACUUGCUUUUUUCCUUUUUUUCUCAGUCGUCAUGAUGACAGAAGUGACACCACUCGAGUGUAUCUGAUCAAUAUGAAGCUACAGCCAACAGACGGUUAGCUUAGGUUAGCAUAAAGACCAGGGAAUGGCAAUCACAGAGAUCUUUGGUCCUGUACCCUAUAUGCCUCUUUGCAAACAGCCACUUGUCAUUAGGUUGGUGGAAAUACACAUUUUUCCCUUGUGAUCCAGUGGUUGCCAGAUGAUUGCUGACUGGUCUCUAGGCCUAUGUGGCUGACGCUACAGCAGCAUCCCUCCAAAAUGGCACUCACACCGAAGACAACAGUUUACUAUGGAUAAAGGCCUCAUCCCACUCCGUAGCCUAAAUGGCGACCAUUAGGUUGAUAAUUGCUCCGAGCUCUUUAUGGACAGUGUAAUCACUAAGUGCGUUAACGACAACUCAUUGCAAAAAAAUUUAACACGCAUAAUCAGCAAAUUACGCCCCAGCUCAUUUACGUCAAUGCCUGAAGAUGAUUUCUGCUGUUAGCUGGGUAGCCCUAACAUGCAUGCUACCUGCAUAUUUUGGAAAACAUCUACAACUUAUUUACAGAUCCUGAAUUGAAAAUCUCAUCCAUAUUUUUUAGAAGUAUUUUAACUAUGGACCAAAAAAUUGUACCCACCAAAAACAGACUCACUACAAGCUACUAAACUGUAAAAUGAUUGCAUGUGACAUAAAACAUUAAUGUAUUAUUUAUAAUAUAACGGAGAAGAACUACUCUUCCCGCAAUCCUUAACUGAAACAGCGGCAUCUCUGAUUGGUGGAAGUUAAUAAUAAUAAUAAUGGAUUGCAUUUAUAUAGCGCUUUUCGGGGCCCUCAGAGUGCUUUACAAGUUGCUGUUGAAUGGCAUUGACCUUGGAAAUGUGUAAACCUACAAACAUCAGAAUGGUCGAGUUGCAGUCAGGAACAUAGCACCAUGCCACAUCGAUAACUUGGCUACACUUGACCACACACGCACAAUACAAACUACAAACACUAAAUUCUAGAAGGCUGGAAGUCGGUUGCUAUGGAAUCUAGGAUUUGAUUGUAUUAUUGGAUGAGUAGUUCUUUCACUGUUAAAAGUCAUUAUGUACACAGCAGUGCAUUAUCUACUAAUUGGAAGGUCAGUGGUUCAACUCCCGGCUUGUCUUGUGUUCAUGUUAAAGUGUCUUUGGGCAAGAAACAGAACACUGAGUGGCCCCAGUGCAUCCAUGAGGGAGAAUGCUAGGUUCAAAGCACUUAGACACAGUGAAUGGGUGAAUGAGUCCCAGACCCCGUACCUUAGCUUUUUUUCCUUUAUUUAUUUAGUAGAUCAAAUAAAAUCCGUUUAUCGUCACGAUUUAUCUUGUUGCUGGUUGGUUCAAGGCUUAAAACUCUUUUCUGAAACAUCAAUGGAGGAAAGGAGUGGAAUAUUUAUUUCUGGAAACAGAACCUAAAAUAAAAAUGGCUGUUUCACCAUUUUAACCUAAGCAACUGCCUGCAGGAUGUAGCUUCAUGCUUACUUUUAUAGAUGUGAUUUGUAUCAAAGCAGGGCCUUUAAGUUUCUAACCUCGAUGAUGUUGAAGGUUGUUGCUGGAGCUGGGCAGCAGAAACAUGCUUCCACACAACUGUCUUUGCAUGUGUCUUGUCUUCCAGAUUUUAUAACUUUUGUGUUUACACUUUUGUUUGAUUACAGGUGACAAUCAAUAAAAAGAAACCCUUUGAUUUGGUUUUAGAAAACAUGCUCUGGGCUUCAAAAAGAUUUUUCUUUUUUUGUCGUUUUGCAAAGAGGGAUCUCAUACAAUUAAAUUGCGCUGCUGUAGCUCUUGAGGAACACUGACCAGCCAAUCAGUUGCUCCUAGGACUAUGAGCCUGGUUUAUAACUCUGGUUUAAAGCUGAUUUAAAUUUUUUCUCCCCACACAAUUUCAGUGUCUGGAUUGUUGUAACAGUCUGCACUCAAUCUGUAAAGUUUCUGAUUGGCCAGUCAGAGUCUUUAAAAACAGAUUCGAAGGCAGAAUAAAGGUUUUUCCCCUCAGGCCAAAGUAAUUAAAAUCUCAGUGGAUAAGCUGGAUAAGUUCUUGCCUUUAGAAAACUGAAAUCAUCAAAACAGCACUCCAGCUUUAGAAAUGAACACAUUUCUCUACAUUGACUUGUGACUUUGUAACUUUCUUUUUUAACGUCAAGACUGUAAUUUAACGAGGCCUCUUGACCCUUUAGUGGUACAUUAGACGUUUGUGCUGCUUUCCUUUAUGGUGCCUGUUUAACAUAUUUUUAUGUACAUUAUUGUCUCAGUGUAAAAGGCCCAAUUACAGUUGUUCUUUGGUUAUAGUCUACCAUUUUAGUUUCUUUUAGGUAUCAAAGAGUAGCAGUCAUCAAGCUCGAGGACGAUACCCUACAGUCAAGCUUGAUGACUGCUACUCCUCUAAUGACGACCCCCACCCUUUGAAUUAGCUUCUUGACCAGUGGCAGUUAUUGAGCUUGAUGACUGCCACUAUUCGACCAGUCACUGGGCUGGAUGAGUGCUGCCACACUUGACUGCUACCCUGCUGAACAUAAGGCUGACGACUCGGGUAGGACUGGGCCUUAGUUGUGCAAUGUGACUUUCGGGCUAGUUGCUUUUGUUUCUGUGGAUGUUGCUGUAGAAUGUUACAAUUUCGCAAUGGCUUAGUUGCAGGACAGCAACAAGCACAGACGACGAAUAAGUGAAUGUAACUGCAUGGACUAGAGCUUGUUGUGUUAAAGGCAUGCUCAGGGAGGGCAGUUUCUGUACAGGAUGCAUUUACCUCAUCAUGUUGUACAUUUUUUGUUUUAGCUGUAGCAUCGUGUAUCCAAAUAUAUCUUACAACUGAUGCAAUUAAAUCUAAUAAAGAUAUAUCUAUUUAA